AUGAUCAAGCCUACAAUUUUCUUGUUAAUAUUAUUAAUAAUACACUCACAACAAGAAUGUAUCAACACCCCUGGCGUCACGACCUGCAAACAUGAAAAACUAAGUGCCCCAAUCACUGUGAAGGACUACAAUAAUUUACUGGAUUUCAGCAAAGGCUCCAUAGAAGAAAUCAAAGUGGACACAUUCAAAAAAGUUCCAAAUAUUUUAAGUUUGUAUUUAGGAGCAAAUAAAAUUCGGACAAUACAACCUGGAGCAUUGAACGGUUUGUCCAAGAUAACAACUAUCAGUUUGCAGUCUAAUCAAUUGGAAACGAUACAAAACAACGUCUUCACUUGUCCAACAUUGAAGGAGUUAAGUUUGUCCUUGAAUAAGAUCAGACAAAUUGACUCAGCCGCUUUUGUAACUUUACAAAACCUUUUGGAGUUAGAUCUGUCCUUCAAUAAACUUACAGCAGUGCCAGAGGCAAUUAAAUCUUUGAGCAAGUUGGAGAAAUUGAGACUGGAUGAAAAUAAAAUUGUCACUCUGUCGGCUAACAGUUUUGGAAAUCUUGGAAAGUUGCUAAAUCUGAGGCUGAACAAUAAUGGCAUAACGAACUUACACAGUCACAGUCUCCAAAAUCUGAUCAAGCUAGAAGAUUUGGAUUUGAGAGCUAACUAUUUGUCUUCUUUGGACACCCAAUCACUGACAACAGAUUUGAAGUCCUUGAAAGUAAUCAGGUUAAAUAUAAAUUCAUUCAAGUGUGGCGAUUUGAGGAAAAUUGUGGAGGGUUUUGAAAAGAAGAAUGUCGAAGUUCCAGGAGGGACAAGUAAAAAUCCAGUGACUUACAAAGGAAUGACUUGCAAGAACUGA